UUUUUUUUUUUCCUCUUUUAUUAUAAUUAUAUAUUCAAAUGUCUGCCUCUUUUACUGUUCCUGCUAACCUUCACUCUAAUAACAAGGUUGAAGAAUCUAACACUGAAGCACAAAACUUCAGCAUCAAGGCUGGUUUGGCCCAAAUGUUAAAGGGUGGUGUUAUCAUGGAUGUCAUUAAUGCUGAACAAGCUAGAAUCGCUGAAGAAGCUGGUGCUUGUGCUGUUAUGGCUUUGGAACGUGUUCCUGCUGAUAUUCGUAAAAAUGGUGGUGUUGCUCGUAUGUCUGACCCUAAAAUGAUUAAAGAGAUUAUUGAAGCAGUUACCAUCCCUGUCAUGGCUAAGGUCCGUAUUGGUCACUUUGUUGAAGCCCAAAUUAUCGAGUCCAUUGGUGUUGAUUAUAUUGAUGAAUCUGAAGUAUUAACCCCUGCUGAUGAUGCUAAUCACAUUACUAAGCACAACUUCAAGGUUCCUUUCGUUUGUGGUGCCAAGAAUCUUGGUGAAGCUCUUCGUCGUAUUAACGAAGGUGCUGCCAUGAUCCGUACCAAGGGUGAAGCUGGUACUGGUAAUGUAGUUGAAGCUGUUCGUCAUAUGCGUACUGUCAAUGCUGAAAUUCGUCGUGCUGCUGCUAUGUCUGAUGAAGAGCUCUAUGCUUAUGCUAAAGAUAUUCAAGCUCCUUAUCAUUUGCUUAAGGAAACUGCCAAGCUCGGUCGUCUCCCCGUUGUUAAUUUUGCUGCUGGUGGUGUCGCUACCCCUGCUGAUGCUGCUCUUAUGAUGCAAUUGGGUUGUGAUGGUGUCUUUGUAGGUUCCGGUAUUUUCAAGUCUGGUGAUCCUGCUAAGCGUGCUAAGGCUAUCGUUCAAGCUGUUACUCAUUAUAAUGAUCCUAAGGUUUUGGCCGAGGUUUCAGAGGAUCUUGGUGAAGCCAUGGUUGGUAUUAAUUUGGAUGAAUUAUCUGAAAAUGAAAAAUACGCUAAGCGUGGAUGGUAAAAGCAACCAAAAAAAAAAAGAAAAGAAAUUUUGUCAUUUCACAUUAUUAGAGAUCCCAAUAACCACCAAUUAUCAACACCAAUUUUAUAUUAUUAACCAUGUGGAGGCAGUAAAAAAAAAAAAGGCUGGACUUUGUAUAGAAAAUAAUCUAAGUUUAUAUAUUUUACAUAUAAUAAAGCAUAUUACCAAAUGGA